GUCGACCUGACACCUUAACCUGGGAGAGAACAUUGCGCAUUGACUGUGUAAAACGGUGCAACCCAGUGCUGAACUACAACUCCCAUAAUGCACGCUUUACUUUACGUCAAUUUUGGGCGACAAAAUAACCGUCAUCAAAACAAAAAAUAAUCUCCUGAACUUUAAGUAAAAUGUUGGCGUAGUGUCUUUUAAACGUUUAGGGGACAGUUUAACUCGGACUAACACUGAGUGGUGCUGAGAUUUACUUCUUAUCUGGUUGUAACGUGAAACUAAAUAUACUGACUGUUGCUCUUUCAAACUUCGCGCUGUUUGCACCGCCUGUAAAGAGAUUAGCCCGUUUGCUAGCCCUGUUACUGUCAACUGGGGCAGUCAAAUUAAGUUACACAAGGGGGAUCCUUCUGUUUCUUAAAUGUAUGCCGAGUUUCCACAGACUUCUUCAAAAUGGAGGUGACAGACAUCGGAAACAAAGAAGAGGGGAAGGUCUGGCAUCGAAAACCAACACCAGGCAAGAGUGUGUUAGUGACGGUGGUCCGCACCGCUCAGCAGGCCAAGACGGUGCGUUUCCUCCAUGUGGCCUUUGACACCACAGGAGAUGCCUUCUUGGCUGGAGAUCACCAUGGCAACAUUUAUGUCUUUGACAUCAGCAGAAACAGAUUUCGUCUGGUGCAGAAGACAGGACAGGCCUGCACUGCUCUGGCAUUCAGCCUCCGCAGGACCACAGAGUUCCUUGUGGCCUUGGCUGACUACACCAUCAAGUGCUUUGACAAAGACACAAAGCAGCUGGUCAGUUGGAUGCGGGGUCACGAGGGAGCAGUUUCGUCCAUAUCUGUCCACAGCUCAGGUCGCUACGCCAUCAGCACGUCCUCAGACACAGCUCAGCUCUGGGACCUGGACACCUUCCAAAGGAAGAGGAAGCUCAACAUCAGGCAGUCUGUUGGCAUUCAGAGGGUGUUUUUCCUGCCUCUCAGUAACACCAUCCUCAGCUGUUUCAGUGAUGACUCCAUCUUUGCUUGGGAGAGCGACACACUAUUCUGCAAAUACCAGCUCCCCGUCCCUGACUGCGGUCCCAAAAUCUCCUACAAGGCGUUCGCUGUCACACGUGAUGGUAAGAGCCUUGCUGCUGGUGGACGCUCCAACCUGCUGCAUCUGUGGUGUCUAGACAGCAAACAGCUGGUGAGGGUGAUUCAGAUGCCCACGCAGGUCCGAACCGUCCGACAGCUGGAAUUCCUGCCCGAAAGCUUUGACAGAGGAGCCAGCCAGACGCUAGGUGUAUUGAGCCAGGACGGCGUGAUGCGCUUCAUCAACAUUCACACCUGCAAGCUGCUGUUCCACAUGGGUUCCCACGACGACGCCAUCUCAACAGUGGCAGUCAGUCCUAACGGCCGCCAUGUUGUGGCCAUCAUGGAUAACGGCAGCAUCAAUGUCUACAGCAUCCAGAGUCUCACACAGGAAUUAAACAAGCCUCCUCCCUCCCAGGUGGUAGUAGUCUCUGGCGGUGAAGCUGAUCAGGACUUGUCUAACAUAAAGGUCAAGGUCAGGUCAGAGGUUGUUCACAGACCAGCCAAGAGCUCGGGUAGGCGGACACAGGUGAAGCUACUCAGACCCACUGCUGGAUCUACAGCUGAGGAUAAAGAGAAUGAACUACCUGCUGGUCUGAAUAAAAAAAGACUGGUGGCUCUGCUCAAGGCGUUUGGAGAAUAUCCCGCUAAAUACAGGAUGUUUGUGUGGCGAUCGUUGUUGUGUCUCCCAGAGAACCAUGCGGCGUACAGCAGUCUGACUGAUAAAGGCCUGCAUUCAGCCUACCUCACUCUGAAUGAUAAAUACCCCAUCAAAAGUCACAAGCUGCAGAGGGGACUGCAGAGGGUUUUGUCUGCCUUAGCCCACUGGGCAGCCAUCUUUGGAGAGGCGGAGUACCUUCCCCUGGUAGCCUUCCCUUUCGUCAAGCUCUUCCAGAACAACCCAAUGCUCUGCUUCGAGGUGGUGGCCACUGUAAUAGUGAAUUGGGGUCAGCAUUGGUUCGAGUACUUCCCCAACCCUCCCCUGAACAUCCUGAGCAUGGUGGAGAACGUUCUGGCUCAUCACGACAAGGAACUCCUGCAGCACCUGGUGGACUGUGGCAUCACCUCACAGUUCUAUGUGUGGCCCCUGCUGGAGACCUUGUUCUCAGAGGUUUUGACUCGUGAUGAGUGGCUCAGACUCUUUGAUAACGUCUUUUCUAACCAUCCGUCGUUCCUGCUCAUGGCCUGUGUGGCCUACAUCACCUGCUGCCGUGAGCCUCUGCUGCUCUGCUCGCAGAAAGAGGACUUUGAGUAUUUUUUCCACCACCGUAACAACCUGGAUGUGGGAGCCAUGAUAAAGGAGGCCUACCGGCUCAUGGGCAGCACACCAGCUGACAUACAUCCCAGGACUAUGCUUUCUGACUUUACACCACUGACUAAAGGCCAGUACCCUGUGUUCAACCACUACCCAGAAUUCAUAGUGGAAUACCAGAGCCGGGAGAGGGAGAAGAUACGGCUGCAGGAGAUGGAGUAUCUCCGUGAGAGACAGGAGGUGUCAGCCCUGCGUGCAGAUUUUGUGCGUCGCCAAGCUGAAGAGGAGGCCUAUCAUGCACAACAGGAGCUGCUGCAAAAGGCAGAGGAACAGCGCAGAAACAUCUUGGCACAGGAAGACGAAAAACUAACACAGCAGAGGGCAAAGUUGGCAGCCAUGAAGCGAGAGCUGAAGGUGAAGGAGUUGCAGCUGCUGGACGCAACUAGAAGACGUUUCCUCAAACACCAGCAGGACCUGAGAGCCUCACAGAUCCAAGGGCUAGACCGGGAAAUCAGUAGAAAGAUGGACCUCCGGGAGCGAGAAACAGCUGCAGCAGUCGAGGAUCUAGAAGUCAGACAGAUGGAGCUGGAGGCUCAGAGGAGACGACUAGAACAGCACCUGUUGAAGGCGCAGGAGCGCAUGGGACAGGAGGUUGAGGAGGAGGUGGAGAUGAGGAUGAGGAGGGCAGAAAGAGAGGAGGAGAGCUACACAGAGCUGCUACACAACACUGAGACAAACAUGCAGGCCCUGGAGGAGUCCUUGGCGGAGGCGUGCCAGCUGGGCUUGGAGUCAGACUGGCAGAGAGAGGUGGCGGAGCGCCUGCAACAGGUCGAAGCCGAGCAGGAGAUGAAGCGGGAGAGGCUGGCAGAGCUUCACAGGCAAACCCUGGCAGAGGAGGAGAGACUGGCUAACACCGUGAGAGAUGUGGCAGGAAGGAAGUGGGAUGAAGUGAUGAGUACCAGAACCCAGUUACAGGAGCAGAGACAGCCUUUGUCUUCAGCAGAUGCAGACGGGCAGAGACAGACAAGGAGAAGGUCACCGUGUUGGACCAGGGGACUUCCUCAUAGACCAGGUGCCACCGCUGCUGUUUAUGUUGCCGGGCCGGCAGUGAGACCCAACUCUGCCACAUCCCCAAAGCAGGCAGGAGCCAACAUGGUGUGUCUGAACAGCAGUUCACCUUCAGAGAGCACCUCCACCAACUUUUCCCUGGACCGAGGCCGGGCCCAGCUGGACAGCAGCGAGAGAGAACUGCUGAAGGAAAUCAGAGAUCUGAGACAGAAGCUGGCGGCCAGAGCCAGAGAGGGCAGCUCUGCCUCCUCACAAUCUGUCCACACACUGUCCUCCCAGUGACCAUGAACUCCUCCCCGCCAUCAUAGUGUCAGAAAUACAUAUUCUUGUCUCAAGCUAGCUAGAACAACAGAAACAGUGGCGCAGACUGAAGAGCGUACCAGCUCGCUGCUAUAUGUUUCCAAGUGCUUGUAUACCAUCCCUCCCUCCAUCAACUACAGAUUAUUAAUGCAACCAGAGUCCAAUACAUUACCUGUACAUCAUCAACCACUAUCUCCAGAUAGGGGCUGUGUUGUUGUACUUCAUGUCAUGUGCAUAUCUAGGAUCCAAGUCUACCUUUAAUGCAUGAGUAGGUUCUUUGAUAAUAUCGCUACAAGCAACAACAGUUUCAUUAAUUUUACCUCAAUUCCGUCUGUUGCACACUCCAGACACAGGGCCACAAAAAGGCCAAUCCUGUAUCAUCGCAGUCCGUCUGUAGCUGAUGAAUGUUACUCUGCAUGACCAAACAGAUGCAACAUAGAAUCCUGUAGGCACUCACUCUGUACUCAGUUGUACACUAUACAUUCAUGGUUGUCUUUUCUUAAUUUUUUAUAUUUGCGCUGGUGCUCUAUUUUGAAUUUUUAUUUGAAUGAAUUUUAUGAUUUUUUCUUAUUUAAAACCAGUUUUGAAAAUCCUGA